UUUAAGAAUACUAAAAUAUUAACCAUGACAGAUUCACUGGAAUUUUCAGAAGUAUUUUCUCUCAUCAGAGGAGCCUUGAAUGCUGGACGUCUUCAGCUGAACAAAACUGGAAUUGUUUUCAAGUCCCAAAAGACUGGAAAAAUUGAAUCAGUUCCACUUACAGAUAUAGAUUCAUGUUACUGGAUGCGCGUUGCUCGUGGGUUUGGACUUAAAAUCAUAUUGAAAGAUGGACAAAACUACAAAUAUCAUGGAUUCAAAGAAAUUGAAUAUGAAAGGCUAAAGGAUUAUUACAGCAAAAAUUACAAUGUGCCUUUGCAAGAACAGGAUUUGUGUGUCAAAGGCUGGAAUUGGGGCUCAGCAAAAUUUAAAGGUGCAAUUAUGUCAUUUGAAGUUGACAAUAAAGCAGCAUUUGAAAUUCCUCUACGAGAUGUUUCACAAGCCACAACAGGCAAAAAUGAAGUCACAAUAGAAUUUCAUCGUAAUGAUGAUGCAAAAGUGGCUUUGAUGGAAAUGAGAUUUUUUGUACCUGCAUAUCAAGAUGAAAAUGCUGAGGAUCCAGUAAAGGAAUUCCACGAACAAAUUAUAUCCAAAGCAGACAUUAUUCAAGCUACUGGAGAUGCAAUUGUCACCUUUGCUGAAGUGGCAUGCCUGACACCCAGAGGUCGAUACAGUAUCAGAGUAUAUCCAUCUUUUUUACAACUUCAUGGUAAAACCUACGAUUAUAAAAUACCUCACACAACCGUCCUUAGAUUAUUCUUACUACCACAUCAAGACAACCGCUUUAUGUUUUUUGUUGUCAGCAUGGACCCUCCAUUACGUCAAGGUCAAACACGUUACCCGUUUUUAAUAUUACAAUUUGAAAGAGAUGAAGAAAUGACGUGUAAGCUGAACCUUACAGAGGAGGAACUGGAAAAAAAAUAUAAUAAUAAAUUGAGUUCUGAAAUGUCUGGCUCUGUGUUUGAAGUUGUUAGUCGUGUUUUGAAGGAAGUAUGUCAACGCAAGAUUACAGUCCCAGGAAGUUUUAAAAGUAAUAGCGGUACGAGUGCUAUCACCUGCUCGUACAAAGCAAGCAACGGUCUACUCUACCCAUUGGAAAGAGGAUUUAUAUUCGUGCAUAAGCCACCUGUUCAUAUUCGUUUUGAAGAAAUUUCAGCGGUGAAUUUUGCACGUGGCAGUACUACUGGAAGGACAUUCGAUUUUGACGUUGAUUUGAAGAAUGGCACCUCUGUUACGUUCAGCAGUUUACCGAGAGAGGAAUAUGACAAAUUAUUCGACUUUGUCAACACGAAGAAAUUGCACAUCAAAAACAAAGGAAAUAAAUCAGUUAGUGGUAAUCUUAACGACAUGUUCGAGUCAGACGAGGAGGAACACGAUGCUUACUUGAAACAGGUGAAAGCAGAAGGGAGGGAGCGUGACGAUGAAGCAGACGAUGAUGAUGACAGUGAAGAGGAAGAUGAAGAUUUUAACCCUGCUAAUGAGAAAGAAGACGAUGUUAAAGAAGAGUUUGAUUCUGAUGUGUCGAAUUCAAGUGGUGAUGACGAGGAUGAAGACGAAAAUAGCGAAGAGAAGAAAAAGAAGAAGAAGAAACGAAAAUCAGAAUCAAAGCACAAGGAAUCAAAACCGAAAAAAGCGAAAAGAGAGGAAGCAGGUUCUUCCACAAAAAAGAAAAAGGAUAAAAACGCCCCUAAACGCCCGAUGUCGGCAUACAUGUUAUUUCUCAACAGCAACAGAGAGAAAAUCAAAGCUGACAAUCCUGGCAUUGCAUUCACUGAUAUUUCAAAGAAGGGUGCAGAAAUGUGGAAGAAUGUGGGGGGUGCAAAGGAGAAAUGGGAGAACCUGGCUAAAGAAGCCAAAGUGAGAUACGACAAAGAGAUGAAAGAGUAUAAAGAAAAGCUGAAAGAAAGCGGUGGCGCUCCUUCUCCUGCUAAAAAAAGCAAGUCAAUUAAAGACAUGAUGAAGAAGAAAGAAACGCCCAAAAAGGAGGGUGAUAAUACCAAGUUUAAAAGCAAAGAGUAUAUCGAAACAGACGAUGAUUCCUCCUCCUCGGAUGACGAUGACGCAACUGAGAAAAAGUCAUCUCCGGCUGAGGUUAAAACGUCAAAGUCAACCAGAUCAAAGCGUGGCAAAGGCGAUGACGAAGCGUUGGUCGCAUUAGACGAAGGUUCUGCCCAAGAAGAAGAAGAAGAAGCAGAAUUCUCUGGUGAACAAAGUUCGGAUGAUGAUGAUAGUGAUUGAAUACCAUUCCCCUUGUGAGUGCACACUAAAUAGAAACAAUUGUUCGGCUUAAUCCUUCCGCGUGGUACACCUUAAAGAAUUUUAGACAUUUUCCGUGUAAUUUUGCCACCAAAUUAGGCGAAUGGUAUAGUAGUGGAAAGUCCUCUAUAACUUCAUAAUGUGUCGUAAGUGUUUUAAUAUUGCUGUAACAACAAGAUCAAAUUUGACAA